UUCUUGCAGCUGUCUAGUCUCUUCUCUGGCUUCUCAUCCUUAUUUUUGAAAUUAAUCAUUUACAACAACAAAUUUCUAUUUCUACCCUUCAAAGUCCUGGCUUAAGAAUCCUCAAAUUCAAACCCCAAAUCAAAUUCUAGUGUUUUUCGUUUUCUAGUGGGUGAAUUGAUAAUGGAAGACUUGCCCCUUCCUUCUCUCUUCGAUCAAGCUUCAAAAAUCCAUCUAAAAGCAACAGAAUCUGGUUCUAAUGAUAAGGAAUUGGUGAAGAAGGGAAUUGAAGCACUGGAGAAUUGUGAGGAAAUGAUUAGUAAAUUGGGUUUAUUUUCUUCUAAUGAGACUAAAGAGGAUAUUAGCACUACCAAUCUCAAGUAUAUUCUGGUUCCAUUUUAUCUGGCAGAGCUGACUGAAAACAUUGCUCAGGAUGAUAGGAUACAAAUUUUAAAGGCUUCCCAGGCAAAGUUAAAGGAAUUCCUCUCAUUUUGUGAGGCAAUGGAACUUGUACCAGAGGAGGAGUUGCAAACAUUUUCUCAAGGGACUCCAAAUACUUUUGCAGAUCGAAGGGCUCUAAAGAUUGCCAGAUACAGACGCCAAAUAGCUGCAGAAGCAAAGCUGGAGAAAAUGAAGGAGCAGAAAGAGCGGCGUUUUCAUUCAACUAAAGCUGCAGCAGUAUCAACUCUGGUUGAGGCCGGGGAGGAAGACCUGCUGGAUGAUGAUGGAGAAGAAGAGCGGGAGGCUUGGAUUAUUACCAUCUCUUUGGCUAUCUGUAAGGCAAUCGAUCUGCUGGAAAUGUUAAAGAAAGAGGAAGAAAUGCUUUCAGCUGUAAAGGAAAGACAGCUAAAGGGAGGGGACAAAGCUUUUUCCCAGAUGAUUCUUGAUGAACGUGCCAAGAAAGCUGAAGAUUGGCAUCGUGAUGCUGCAGUAAAAGCAAGGUAUACUCAACCGGCGCCGCCUAUCACAUGUGCUACUUUUGCUCAAGAUGUUUUAGAAGGGAGAGCAAAGGUUUCAGAAGCACAUGAUCACAAGCACCUGCCAGUGACAUUCGGACCAGCAAGUAUUGUGGGUGGAAGCCUAUCAAACGAAAGGGAAAGGAUGACAGCACAGGUCUUCCAACCUGGCCAUAGGUUGCCAACCAUGAGUAUAGAAGAAGCUGGGUUGAAGGAGAUGGAGAUUAUGAAUAAAUGGCAAGAGAGAAACGUUAAAUUCAUGGAAGAAGCAAACUCUGCAUGGUACAAGGACAAUCAGAAAUUAAAACCAAGCGAAGAAGAAGAGGAUGAAGAUGAUGACGAUGCUGCUGUAGAGAAGGCAAGAGCAUUUGAUGACUGGAAAGAUGAUCAUCCUCGCGGUGCUGGCAAUAAGAAGCUCACCCCUUGUGGUUAAAUUUGGCAAGUGGUUUCUGUAUCGGUGAUGUAUUCUUUUGAACACAGCUAAAACUCAUCCUUUGCACCUCAAAUAUUUCCCUUACAAAUUUUGGAUCAGUGUUUUUGUUUUGGUGUUCAGUUGAAAAGUUUACACUGUAUUAUAUUCAUCUCGAUACAAAUGAUAACAACUUGUGUUCACGUAGUUUCUGCCAA